GGACUGAGGCCGCGGGGCUCCGCUCGCGGGCAGCCGGCGGCAGGAGCGGGCGGCGGGGCGCCCGCGCCGGGCACGGCGGCCAGGACAGCCUUAAGACCUUGUGGAUGGAAAACAUCUCCUUUUGCUUCUGUGUUCAUGUCAGAAUGGCCUAGGCCAAUCCAUUGCUUUAUGGAUUCUAUCAGAGGUGCUCUACAGCAAUGCAGUGGGAUCUUACCACCAGUGUUUGUGGACCAUCCAGAUGGCUGUAAACGUACAGAGAAGGUAUAGAACGUGGUCUCUCAAACUGGAUUAAAGCAAUCGGUUGCUAUUUUUAUUUAUACUUUUUAAUUUUUGUAUUUGAUUUAAAGUGCCAUGAGAAAAUUUGCAUAUUGCAAGGUGGUCCUUGCCACCUCAUUGGUUUGGGUCCUUCUGGAUAUGUUUCUAUUGCUUUACUUCAGUGAGUGCAACAAAUGUGAUGAGAAAAAAGAACGAGGCCUGCCUGCUGGAGAUGUUCCAGAACCUAUACAAAAACCACAUGAAGGACCUGGAGAGAUGGGGAAGCCUGUGGUCAUUCCGAAAGAGGAGCAAGAAAAAAUGAAAGAAAUGUUUAAAAUAAAUCAAUUUAAUUUAAUGGCAAGUGAAUUGAUUGCACUCAACAGAUCUUUACCUGAUGUCAGGUUAGAAGGGUGUAAAACAAAGGUGUAUCUAGACAACCUUCCCACAACAAGUGUUGUCAUUGUUUUUCACAAUGAGGCCUGGAGCACACUUUUGCGAACUGUUCAUAGUGUGAUAAACCGGUCACCACGACACAUGCUGGAAGAAAUUGUACUUGUAGAUGAUGCCAGUGAAAGAGACUUCUUGAAGAGACCGCUGGAGAAUUAUGUGAAAAAAUUAAAAGUCCCUGUUCAUGUGAUUCGAAUGGAACAGCGUUCUGGAUUGAUUAGAGCCAGAUUAAAGGGGGCUGCUGCUUCUAAAGGCCAGGUCAUCACCUUCUUAGAUGCUCAUUGUGAAUGUACAGUAGGCUGGCUUGAACCUCUGCUGGCAAGGAUCAAAGCUGACAGGAGAACAGUAGUGUGUCCCAUCAUUGAUGUAAUUAGCGAUGACACCUUUGAAUAUAUGGCAGGUUCUGAUAUGACCUAUGGUGGAUUCAACUGGAAGUUGAAUUUUCGUUGGUAUCCUGUUCCUCAGAGAGAGAUGGAUCGACGGAAAGGAGAUCGAACCCUUCCUGUUAGGACACCUACAAUGGCAGGAGGUCUUUUUUCAAUAGACAGAGAUUACUUUCAGGAGAUUGGAACAUACGAUGCUGGAAUGGAUAUUUGGGGUGGAGAAAACUUAGAAAUUUCCUUCAGGAUUUGGCAGUGUGGUGGAACUUUGGAAAUUGUAACUUGUUCACAUGUUGGGCAUGUGUUCAGAAAAGCAACGCCAUACACUUUUCCAGGAGGUACAGGGCAGAUAAUCAAUAAAAAUAACAGACGGCUUGCAGAAGUCUGGAUGGAUGAAUUCAAAAACUUUUUUUACAUCAUUUCUCCAGGAGUUACUAAAGUUGAUUAUGGAGACAUAUCAUCACGGCUUGGACUAAGACGCAAGCUCCAGUGCAAGCCUUUCUCCUGGUACCUGGAGAAUGUUUAUCCAGAUUCCCAAAUUCCACGGCAUUACUUUUCUCUGGGGGAGAUAAGAAAUGUGGAGACAAAUCAAUGUCUGGAUAACAUGGCAAGAAAAGAAAAUGAAAAAGUUGGAAUCUUUAACUGCCAUGGAAUGGGUGGAAAUCAGGUUUUCUCAUAUACUGCCAACAAAGAAAUUCGAACAGAUGAUUUAUGUUUAGAUGUCUCCAAACUUAAUGGCCCAGUAACAAUGCUCAAGUGCCACCAUCUAAAAGGAAAUCAACUUUGGGAAUACGAUCCAGUGAAAUUAACCCUGUUGCAUGUGAACAGUAACCAGUGCCUGGACAAAGCCACUGAAGAGGACAGCCAGGUACCCAGCAUCAGAGACUGCAACGGCAGCCGCUCACAGCAGUGGUUGCUUCGCAAUGUCACCCUUCCAGAAAUAUUCUGAAAGGUUCUACAGAGAAGCAAGGAUUGCCUGGGCUACCUCGGCUAGUACUUUGACUACACCAUUAAGUAGCAACAGACGGAGACUUCUGCUCCGCAGGAUACACAGUUCAUCAGCUGUUUGAACACAUAACUCAUGCAGCUUUUCGGUAGCUGUGAACCAGCCUUCCUGUAAUAAGGAUGUGAAACUACCACAUGUAGUAGGGAAACUGUGCCCGCUGAUGUUUACAAGGUUGAGAGACUCUGUUCCAGCAAGUAACCUAGAGAACAUUUGGACAAUGGAAACAUAAUCAAUGAAAUAUUCUCUCUGGAGAGCUGCGUAUUGUUGUAGUAUGCUUGCACAUCAGUAACCUCUGCUGAAAGUGCUGUUGUAAUGAAGAUAUUUCCAAGAACUUUUUCCUGGUUAGCAUUGGUAACCAGCUUACUAAAUACAGAUUCAUAAAUGAAUGAAGCAGAGAGCUGGAGACCAGAUUCAGUAACACGAAAUAAGAAUUCUGUGGUUUUAAAAAAAAAAAAAAAAAAAAGUAAACAGGGUUUAAUGAAAACUAAAUCAGAACUAUGAAAAAUACAAUUUGUUAUAGUGACGUAUCAAAUUUAUAUGUAGAUUUUAUACCUCAUUGGGGGAAAAUAACCAAGUCAAAGGCAGUUUUUUUUUUUUUUUUUUUAAUUGUGUGAUAGUCCAUACAUUCCCUCCCGCUCCCCCCCCCCAAGUUGGGCUAAAGUUAUUUUGGGUGCAGACAAAAUGAGCAUAAGAAUAAACUUAGCUCUUUGAAUGUCAGUUCAAAUUUUUUCAUUUUAAUUUCUGGGCUGUUGGAACUGUAUCUUUUUAUCACUGUCUGAAAACUGGAGGUUAACAUACUGUCAAACUUUUUUUUGUCUAGACCUACUAUUUCAGUUUAUACUUGGGUCAGUCAGCUUGUGGACUUUCAUGGCCAAACAAAAGAUUUUAGUACAUUUUGAAAUCCUUAAGUUAACUGAAUAUGCUUCGCACUCAAGACUCAUACUACUGUACUAUGGUUUUGUUUUCGUAGCAAUAAAUCUUGUUACUUGUUUAA